AUGCGAGUGGUCCCAGUUUUCUUGGUUUUCUUGUCUCUCUUUUGUUUUUGUGGAUCAGAGAAUGCAGAAUCUAAUGCUGAAGAAACCCAGUCUCAGCAGGUUGAGCCUGCCCAGACAGCUGAGCAAGACACGUACCUCAUAGGAGAAUGCUUAAGCAACCGGUACACACACAAGUCCUGUGAGAAAGUUUUUUGUCACCCAUGGGAACGAUGUGUGGAGGGAAAGUGUCUUUGCAAGCUUCCCUACCAGUGCCCAAAGAACGGCUCUUCAGUUUGUUCUACCAAUGGAAAGUACUUCCAUACUUACUGUCACCUAAAGAGCUAUGAGUGUCAACGUCCCGAAGCAAAGUUCCUGCACAAGGGAAAAUGCAUGUCUGCAGAAACAUUUUCAAUCUCUCUGGGCCAUGGAGAUUCAAGUUUGCUUCGAGUAAAACCUGUGAAUCAAAAGAACGACAUUUUUGUAUGUGGUAGCGAGUGGACUAUGAAUGAAGCAAACGUGGCUUGCAAGCACCUUGGCUUUGAAUUAGGUGCUGAAUAUUACCAAGCCAAUUCCAGCAUCACAGAAUCUGCCUUAAAUUCGUUGCACUGUCUGCAAAUAACUUGCAGGGGCCUAGAGACAAGUCUUGCUGAAUGUCACAUAGAGAUGAAAUCAAGAGAUAGUAAUGAGGGAUUUGUUAGCCUUCAGUGCCAUGAAAAUCUCAGAGCUUGUUCAGACGGUGAGUUUCCUUGUGUCAACAAGAAGUGCAUUUCUUUGAAUAAAGCCUGUGAUGGAAUCAAUGACUGUGGAGACCUAAGUGAUGAACUGUGCUGUAGAGAGUGCAGAGACAACAGCUUCCACUGUCGGUCAGAUAUCUGUAUUCCAAAUAAGAAUGUCUGCAACAAAGAAGUUGACUGCCUCACAGGAGAAGAUGAAGCUCGAGUUCUCUGUGCAGGCAAAGACAAAGGUGCUGAAAAUCACAGUAUGGAUGAAGAAAGAAAAAUGAUAAAGACACUUCUUCCCCAAGUACACUGCGGAAUUACAAAUCACACAUUAACUCGACGGAAAAGAAUUGUAGGUGGAGAGACUGCAAGAAAGGGUGAAUUCCCUUGGCAAGUGGCAAUUCAAGAUACUAACAAUGAAGGUUCAACAGUGUACUGUGGAGGGGUUUAUAUUGGUGGCUGUUGGAUUCUGACUGCUGCACACUGUGUCAGGGCAAAUCGAGUUCAUCAGUAUCGUAUCUGGACUGGACUGUUGGAUAUAAUACUGUUAAACAAAGAGACCGAUACUUUCAGACUAAAGCAACUGAUAAUCCAUGAAAAUUAUAGUGCAUCAACUUACGAAAAUGACAUCGCUCUGCUGGAGCUGCGAGGUUUUGGGAAAGAAUGCUCCCUGGAAUACACCACACCUGCCUGUAUCCCCUGGUCAGAGUAUAUGUUCAAGUCUGGUGACAGGUGCAAGGUUUCUGGAUGGGGACUAGAGAAAGGUUACACCAAACAAUAUACCCUCAAGUGGGGCAAUGUUAAUUUAUUUCAGAAUUGUUCUGAACUAUACCCAGGACGAUUUUUCAAAAAAAUGGCAUGUGCAGGUACUUAUGACGGCUCCAUAGACAGUUGCAAAGGUGAUUCAGGAGGACCCUUGGUCUGUUUUGACGCAGAAAACGUGGCGUAUGUCUGGGGUCUAGUGAGCUGGGGUGAGAACUGUGGGGAGGCUGGUCACCCUGGCGUGUACACAAAAGUUGCCAGCUAUUACGACUGGAUUAGCCACCACGUGACAAGGAGUCUCAUUUCGCGGUACAACAUCUGA